GCUGAUUAACGAAACGUCAGAUUCUUCAUUGUUUUGGUUCGCCGCUGCAUCUGGGAUUAGAAGUUGUGAAUAAAAUCCGGAAUAUUUUUGGCAACCAAAAUGUCGAAAAUAGUGCGUCGCGAGGUUUCUCCAUUGCUUCAAGAGAUCCGUACCUUCCUUUUGGGUAGAAAAUAUACUAAUGCUCUUCGAUGGGAGGAUGGAAUCGCUGCUAGAACUCAACCGCCACCAAAUUUACCAGAAGGACCACACCACAAAUUGUCAGCCAAUCAUUACGUUUUGCGUGAUGCUCGCCGAGAGGUAACCCAUCCGAUCAAUUUAUCGUCUCAUGUUCUUCUCGGUGAAAAGGGCUCGGCUAAAAAACUUCCAACGCCUGGAAAAUCUUAUGGAUGGGAUAAACACUAAAGCCUCGGAUUGUUUAAUGGAUAUUUUAGAUUUUUUCAUGCUACCUAAAUGGUGUAGUAUGAUAUCACAAGUACCAUACACUCCAAUUCUGUAGGGAUGUCAAUAAAACGAAAGAAAUUUCA